GUGUUGGACCUGGUCUCUCUGCCCAGCGACCUCCCUGCUCUGCUCUCUGCGGGCUGGUUGAGUCCCUCUGAGCUCCGCAGGGUGUCGGCCAUCGCUGCUCUGCUGCAGGAUCUGCUGAGCGACUCCUCCUCCUCCUUCCCCUCCUCCGUCAUCACCUCCGCCGACACGCUGCUGACGGAGCUGUUCAGCCACAGAGGGUCCGGGACCAUCUUUAAAAUUGGAGACCCCAUACAUCGGUACAGCUCUCUGGAGGGGAUCGAUGUGGAGCGUCUGCUGGCUCUCAUCUGCAAGUCCUUUGAUAAAACUCUGAAGCAAGACUACAUCUCCUCUCUGACCGGACGGCUGCACUCAGUCUACCUCUCUGAAGGCUACAGCGCGGCGGCCAUCAUCACCCUGGAGCCGGUGAAUGGCGGCACUCCAUACCUGGAUAAGUUUGUGGUGAGCAGCAGUAAGCAGGGCCAGGGAACCAGCCUCAUCCUGUGGGAAUGCAUCCGGAGAGACCUGGGGAAACUCUUCUGGAGGUCCAGGACCAGCAACAGGAUCACGCCCUGGUGA